AUGACCCCCAGACCAAAAAAUUAUAAAUUGACUUCAUUUUUAUAUUACAAAGGUAUCAAAUUUGAAGAUUCCGAGCCAUAUUAUUCAGAAGAAAGAAUUCAAAAUUUAUAUGAAACAGAUUCUCCUUUGUACUACAUUGCAUGGGACAAAAUCGAUGAACUUAAAAGUAAAUUCCCAAAGCUUAAGGUCAAUAAGAAAAUAGAUUUUGAAAUAACUCCAUUGGAUUGCGCAAUUAAAUAUGGAUCAGAAUUAUGUUUCAAUUACUUGAAGAAUCAAGGAGGUGAAUAUACUGAAAAGUCUGCAGAAUAUGCUAUUAAAGGCGGAAAUAUAAACAUCUUUGAACAAAUGAUAGAAAAUGGACAGUCAUUUGAUGGCAUGAUCAACACUGCAUUGAUAUAUCAUCAUUAUAAAAUUGCAGAGUAUCUUCAUACAAAUUUUGGACAAAUUCCAAAUUCACCAGCAAAAUUCAUGUAUUACGGAAGUUAUGAUGUUGUUUCGUAUUUGCCUUCUAAUGGAGCAGAUAUUAACGAUAUACAUACUUUUAAUAUUUAUCAUUAUUUUAGAAAAUUCUCUUUCAUUUAA